CGAGCCCGGCAGCGGCGGCCAGUUCGGAGCAGCCUCCGAGCUCUGAGGGUCUCCCGGGCCCUGGCGACGGCCACCGCACAGCCCGGGGCGGGCCGAAUAGGACGACCCUCAGGUGUCUUUGGGUCCCAAACUCCGGGAAACGCCUCCAGUUCCUACUCUUGUCCCCCUGGGCGUUUGUUGGCUCGGCCAGAUUACCGACCCCCGAGAGACUUGAACUCUUAACCGUUUGCCUUUGCGCCGCGAUUUCCAACGUUCUGCCCAGACGUGGCGGAUAACGUACAAGCGUUUUUCCAGUUGGAGGUGGCGGUGGCGGCACCUGAGCCUUCAGCAUCAGUUAUGAUCGCUGUUGCAUCCUGAGUAUGAGCAGUAGGCACAUACAGCAGUCUUGUAAACGCUCGCGGUGUGGGCACACAACUCCCUACGAUCCAGAGUAUUGAUUCAUCAUCUCAGCCUCUCUGAGGUUGGUGGCGUUUGCUGCCUUCGCCGUUGAACACAUUGAGGCUGAGCCGCGCUUCCAGCCGUGCCCUUUCUGAAUCCAAAGAUUAUGACCUAGACUGUCCAGAUCAGGCUGCGGUGGGAUUAUACCCUGGGACUGUUUCACUGUUACCAAGUAGUCCAGAACGUUUUCACCGAUUGUGAAGGACAGACUGUUCAUCGUGAAAUCUGGAAGGGAGUAGAGUUUUCCUGGGGAAAAAAAAAUCACAAGUUGCUGAGAAACAGUAGAGUAAGAUAGUGGAUUGAAUACAUGUAUCUAAUUUUUUCCCUUCUGAAACCUCACUAAAAUUACAAUCGGGGUUUGUAAAAAGACACAGACCCACAAAGAUGGGGAAAUUGGAAAGGAAACAAUAGCACUAAAAUAUGGGGCCCCAGAAAGCUUAAUUUUAAACCAGCAGCAGGGAAUACUGUGGAACAAUGCUAUAUAAACCACAGAAUCUUAAGAAUGCAGAAACCAGGAGCACCAGACACUUUGGGAACUGGUGAUGAAAUUAAUGGUGUUAAGGAUGGAUGUAGAGGACUCAAAAGACUACUUUUAGGUGAAAUCUGUUUGAGAAGUAAUUAGGUAUCUAGAUCUCAUUCGCCAUUUCACACUUUUGUGUUACUGCUUCUUUCCCAUUAGAAGACUGGAGGCUAUUCUCUCGAGAACAUAAAACAGGAUUUUUGAAGCAGGGGACCCCCAGGCACAGUUAAUUACGGGGCUACAUUUAGGUAAACAGGGACAAUGGAAGUCUGAAGUCCAUCAUGCUCCUCUAACUCAAACCCCAGAACUUUUGCAGCCAGUCUAAUACCCUACAGGCUCAAAGAAAGAGAGUUCUACAUACACAUAUACUUAAAGGAAAGAUAUACACAGUAAGUUGGUCAUAGUGGUUGCUUCUGGGAAGGGAAAGGAACUUUGUGGCUGGGGAAAAGAAUGUAAGAUUUAACUAUACACUUUUUUUCUUUUAAAAUUUACCAUGUGCAUAUAUUACCUAUUCAAAAAUGAAAUGUAUUCCACAAAAAAUAAUUGCAAAUGAAUACACCCUUGAUACAUCAAUUCCUUCCCUUGACAAAUCAGUUCCUUCCCCAGGAAUUUAUCUUAGCGAUACGUCUACACACAUGUGAAAGUAAUACUAAGUAUAGUGCCACUCAUUGCAAUAUUGUUUUAGCAAAAGAUUGGAAAUCUCUAUGUUCAUUAAUAGAUGGUUGGUGAAAUAAGUUAUGUACAACCCUUCCUUGGCAUAUUCUGCAGCCAUAAAAAACAAUGAAAGAAGCUCAUUGUAUAAAGAAAAGAGUAAUUACCAAAAUAUAUAUUGGAUGUGGGGGCAGAUAAGGUUCAGAAAAAUACAUCACCAGUUUAUAAAAAGAGAAAGGUGUGUAUAUAUAUGUAAAUAAAUUAUCUGAGAGAGGCAGAAUUGGGUAAUAUUGGUUGACUUUGGAGAGGGGAUCUGGGUGGUAAGGCUUAAGUGGAAUGAGGGAGAGACUUUUCUACUGUUAUUGUUGGUAUCUGUUAUCUGUUCAGUGAGUGAAUUAGUAAAUGUUAAUGGGAAAAGAGAUGAAUAAUGGAGAUCUUGAUGUUGAUAAUAUGCUGCUGAACAGUAAAAGAUCUCUUAGAGUAGAAAGAAAUGCUGCAUAACAACCCUGAAGUCUCAGUGGCUCACAACAUGUCAUCCUCUUGGUUCUUUAGGUCAACAUUUCAUAAUUCUUCAGUGGUUUAGAUGUUGGCUGGACUAGGCUGGACUCCAGACUUUAGUGUUGGGUUCAGAUCUGUUCCAUGUGUUCCAUUCAGGGACCCAGCCUGAAAAAGCAAAAAUACCUGGAGCCUGUCUUUUUCAUGGCUGAGGGCGAGAGUUCAAAAGUGCUUCUGGAAAUUUGCCAGGCCUCAGCUCAGAAGUGGCACAUUGAAACUUAAAUUCUUUUGGUUAAAGCAAGUCACGUAGCCAAGCCCAAAGGCAAUAGGGUGGAGAUGUACACUGCCUGCUGUGGAAUGUUCUGCAAAGUCACGUGACAAAGGGUGUGGAUGUAAACUUCCAUUGUAAGGUGGGAGGAAGAGUUGGGCAUGACAAAGGACAUGGGUUAAUAGAAAGAGGCUGUGAAAUUUAAGUUGAAGGUAGUUGUUUGAGAAUAAAAAUGCUUAGGAAAUAAAAUAUAUGUCAAGAUACAGCAUUCUACUUUGACACUAAUUUUCUUAAGGCAUCCACGUUAAAGUAUCACAUUGGCUUUCCCUUAAAUAACAUCUGCCAGCCCCACAUCUGGCCCUAUAACCAAUUCUGAAUGACCAUAGGAAUGAAAAUAAUUAAGUAAUGGACAUGUAAAGACACCAGUUCUUAGAGGAUUAGUUCUAAAUGUGUUUGCUUUAGCUACUGAAUGUGUUCAUUCAUAGUUCUUUUAAAAUAUCUAUGUCUGCCUACCCACCUUUCACAACAGAAUCUUCUUUUCAGGGAGAUGUCCUUUGCUUCUCAGAUGUAAUGCACUUUAAGUUUGUUAUUCAACAGUGAAAAUGAGUCAUACGGAGGUUAAACUAAAAAUACCUUUUGGAAAUAGAUUACUAGAUGCUGUUUGUUUGGUACCUAACAAGAGCUUAACAUAUGGAAUAAUUCUUACACAUGGAGCAUCAGGAGAUAUGAAUCUUCCUCAUUUGAUGUCACUGGCAUCCCAUCUUGCAUCUCAUGGGUUUUUUUGCCUGAGAUUUACCUGUAAAGGCCUUAAUAUUGUACAUAGAAUUAAGGCAUAUAAAUCAGUUUUGAAUUACCUAAAGACCUCAGGAGAAUACAGACUUGCAGGUGUUUUCCUUGGAGGUCGUUCAAUGGGGUCAAGAGCAGCUGCUUCUGUGAUGUGUCAUAUUGAGCCAGAUGAUGCUGAUGAUUUUGUUCGAGGUCUCAUUUGUAUUUCCUAUCCACUGCACCACCCAAAGCAGCAGCAUAAACUUAGAGAUGAAGAUCUCUUUCGUAUAAAAGAUCCUGUACUGUUUGUGUCAGGCUCAGCAGAUGAAAUGUGUGAAAAGAACUUGUUGGAGAAAGUGGCACAGAAAAUGCAAGCUCCUAAUAAAAUCCACUGGAUUGAGAAGGCAAAUCAUUCCAUGGCAGUGAAAGGACGGUCAACAAAUGAUGUUUUCAGAGAAAUAAAUACACAGAUUUUGUUUUGGAUCCAGGAAAUCACUGAAAGGGACAAGAAAUAAUUGUCUUUAGUUAAAAACCAUGUUAUUUUUAAUACAUAUAGUUAAUUUGUUCAAGAAUAGAUAUCUCUCAGCAUUAUGAGAUAUAUUUCAGACUAAUGUUCUUUAAUGUUCCCGUUUUUAAAACAUAUUUUAAUUGUGAAAGUAAUGUCCUUUACAAAGUGUCUUUUGAAAGCACUGUUAUAGUUGUAUAGAGAUGAUGUACAAAUAUUGAAGGUGGUCUAAAUAUAAUUUAUUUUCAUUAAUAUAGUUAAUGUUUGAAAAAUUAAACUUUGAAUUUUGUUACAACAGAA